AUGGAGCAAGGCUUGAGACUCGAGCCUGCCAGACACGAUGCCCAGCCUUCAGGGGCAGAGGGGAGUCUCAUGCUGCACCACAAGGCCAGCRGUGCAGGCGUGGGCGAYGCGGAGCCCGCGCUGGGCGAUGAGACCAGCUGGAUCGGCGUGGUGCCCGUGGGCGAGGAGCGGGCGCGGGGCCCCGGCGCCGCCGAGGAGUCCUUCACCGCCGCCGUGGUCAGCAAGAUGAAGCGAGCCCUGGUGCUGGGGGCAUCGGCGCUGCUCAUCCUGGCGCUGAACCAGAACGCCAUCCGAGAGCUGGAUGUGUCCCAGCUUCUUUCCAAGCCUGUGAUCGUGAUCCAGUCCUCGGACAACGUCACCAAGCUGCUGGGAGCGCUGCUGCGGGGGCUCCGGGCCACAGCAAAGAUCACGUAUCAGGCAGUGCUGCUGGAGAACCUGGGAGUGACUCUCACCCUGUGGUCGACCUGUGGUCUCUCCCGAGGAGGCCUCUAUGGAGAGUGGCAGGGAGUGAUCUGCACGGGGGAGAACAGCUCGCAGGUCCAGAAGUACCUCCAGCAGCUCUGGAACACCAUCCUGCUCAUUGCCCUGCUGCUCUGCACGGGGGUGAUCGUGCAGGCGCAGCGGCAGUCUCGGCAAGGCCUGUUGGAGCAGGACACCGAGCUGGACCUGAAGCAGCACAUUCAGCGGCGCCUCUCAGCCCUGAAAACCCGACGAUACCAYCCCGGCAAACCACUCCAGAACCAGGCCUGCGAGAUCGACAGCUGUGCCGUGUGCUUGGACCAGUUCCACAAGAGCCAGUGGCUGCGGGUGCUGCCGUGUUCCCACGAGUUUCACCGGGACUGCGUGGACCCCUGGCUUCUCCUGCAGCAGACCUGCCCUCUCUGCAAGCACAACAUCCUGGGGAACUGCUGCGGAGAGACCUAGCUGGCCUGAUGGACACAUUCUAGGGA